AUGUGGCCCUGACUGGCAGGAACAGCUGUGGGGUUGGGUGGGGGCUGGAAGAGCUGCUCCUUGGUGUCUCUCUCCCCACCCAGGAUCCCUCUGUUGCCGUCUCGGUUCUUUGUUUCCUUCAGCCGGGGGCAAGCUGACUCUCCCAUCUCCUGGGAGAUGUGUUUCCUAAGGACUUUCUAUGGCGCUAAAACUUCAGCCUAGCUGGUUCCACUCUUCACUGAGGGACUGAGAUCUUGUGGAUCGCUGAGGAGUGGGAUUGGGCUGGGGGCGGAGCUGGAAGAUGGGGCAGGACCAGUCCAAACAACAGAGGAAGGGGCUUCAGCUCUACCAGUCCAAACAGACAGAGAAGGCCCUGCACGUAUGGAUGAGGAUGUUGGAGAAGAGCGCAGAUCUUGUGGCAGGGUUCCGGGUGCUGGGCUGCUUGGUUACUGCGCACUCAGAAAUGGGCCGUUACAAGGAUAUGCUGAAGUUUGCUGUGGCACAGAUCGACACGGCCCGUGAACUGGAAGAUGCUGAUUACCUCAUGGAGAGUUACCUGAACCUAGCCCGCAGCAACGAGAAGUUGUGUGAAUUCCAGAAGACCAUCUCAUACUGUAAGGACUGCCUCAACACAGGCCACCGGGUGGGCCAGCAGCUCAACGGGCAGGUCAGCCUGAGCAUGGGCAAUGCCUUCCUGGGCCUCAGCCUCUUCCAGAAGGCCCUGGAGAGCUUCGAGAAGGCCCUUCGCUAUGCACACAACAAUGACGAUAAGAUGCUCGAAUGUCGGGUCUGCUGCAGCCUGGACUUCUAUUCCACGGUCAAGGACUACGAGAAAGCUCUGUUCUUCCCCUGCAAAGCUGCUGAGCUGGUGAAUGACUACGGCAAGGGUUGGAGCCUCAAGUACCGCGCCAUGAGUCAGUACCACAUGGCGGUGGCCUAUCAAACUGGACACCUGGGGGACUCCAUGGAAUGCUGCGAGGAGUCCAUGAAGAUUGCCCUCCAGCACGGGGACCGGCCUCUCCAGGCCCUCUGUCUCCUCUGCUUUGCUGACAUCCACCGAAGCCGCAAAGACUUGGAGACGGCCUUCCCUAGGUAUGACUCUGCCAUGAGCAUCAUGACGGAGAUUGGGAACCGACUGGGGCAGGUACAUGUCCUGCUGGGAGUUGCCAAAUGCUGGGUGACCAAGAAGGAGCCAGACAAGGCUUUAGAUGUCAUCGAAAAAGCCCAGGAUCUGGCUGAGGGACUAGGGAACAAGCUAAGUCAGCUGAAGCUCCACUGCCUGAGCGAGGGCAUCUACCGCAGCCGGGGCCAGCAACGGGAGCUCCGAGCUCACGUCGUGCGUUUCCACGAGUGUGUGGAAGAGACGGAGCUCUACUGUGGGCUGUGCGGCGAGUCCAUUGGGGAGAGGAACAACCGGCUGCAGGCCCUGCCUUGCUCCCACUUCUUCCACCUCAGGUGCCUACAGACCAACGGGACCCGGAGCUGCCCCAAUUGCCGCCGCUCCUCCAUGAAGCCGGGCUUUGUGUGACUUGAGGGAUUGAUGCUCCGCUCUGAGCCUGGACGUGGCCUGUGGGAGGACGGCUCCAAACCGGAUACAGGGCACAAAUGGGCUCUGUCCUUCUUCCCUCUUCCUCCCCUGUCACUCCCGAGGUCUCACUCAUUGGCUGGAUGUCCUGAUAUCCUAGGCCUGCCAACAACUUCCUUGUCUAGUGGGACCUCACCAUUGGUAGUCUCCUUAGAGCCUUCUUCAUAUUAACUCUGUCAAAGCCACGUCAUCAUCAGGUUUUUCUCCUUGAAUUCCACCUUAGCUUUGUUUUAGAAGUGGCCCAGAGGAAUCAUUGACCCUCUCCCAUACACAUCCCUGCCCUUACACUGUCCUGUAGCAUUCCGGACUGCUCCUUCCUGGCCUCCUUCACCCAACAUUUGUUCUCUUUCCCCAUGUCACCCCACUUCUACCCAGUUUUACCCUUCCAAAGUUGCCAUGAACUCAGCCCAUUCCCCGUCUGUGGGGGAAAUUAGCAUUCUGGAAGCCAGAUUCUUGUCUGCGGGGGUGGCAAUAACUUAGAUUAUCAUUUUACCCCUUUCCUGGCUUAGGGACUCCCUCUGCUACUAUCCUCGACCUGGGAUUGGGUAUCCAACUUCUCUCACAAGAGGAUACAGCAAUGAUCUGGAUUUCUUUUCUUUGCCAGUCUUGCCUAGGCUUGGGCCAGUGUAUCAGGCCCUUCCUGCUACCCUCAUUCUACCCAAACAACUCCAGCCAGCCCCUGAUGCCCACCCUCCACUUGUUUGUAUUCUGUUCUUUAUAGAAAAA